GAGUGUCUCUCUAGCCAGAAAUAGACUCUGAACCACCUUCAAUUAUGCCGAGGCCAACCUCAUCACCUCCUCAUAUUCACAUCUUCUUCUUCCUCUUCUACAUCCCUUGUCUCGUCUUCCUCUGCUUUCUCUCCCAUCUUGCAGAGUCUCAAAUCCAAGAUCAAGAACAGCAAGUCCUGUUGAAGCUGAGGCAAUCCUGGCAAGACCCAUCUUCCCUCGCCCACUGGGUCGCCUCCAAUUCGUCCUCCCACUGCACGUGGCCCGAGAUCACAUGCCAAGACGGUUCGAUCACCGAGCUCAAUCUUGUCAGCCUGAACGUAAAUUAUUCGAUCCCACCAUUCAUCUGCGACCUCAAGAAUCUGACCAAGUUCAACGUCUCCAACAACAAAAUUCCCGGAGAGUUUCCAACAGUUCUCUACAACUGUUCCAAGCUCGUGUACCUCGAUCUGUCCCAGAAUUACUUCGAGGGCCCUAUUCCACCCGAUAUCAACCGCAUGACUGAUCUUCAGGUCCUGAUUCUCGCCACCAACAGCUUCGCGUUCGACAUCCCAGCGUCGAUCGCGAGGUUGCGGAAACUGAGGAUCCUUCACCUUUACCAGUCCGAGUACAAUGGCACUUACCCUAAAGAGAUUUUUGGCCUCUCCAAUCUCGAAGAACUGAGGCUCGGGUACAACGACCAGUUUGUGCCGUCGGAGCUACCGCAGAACUUCACCGCCCUGAAGAAGCUGUGGUGCUUCUCGAUGCCGCAGACGAACCUGUUUGGUGGAAUCCCGGAGACGGUCGGCGAUAUGGAGUCUCUCGAGCUAUUGGAUUUGGGGAUGAAUCUGUUGACCGGAGAAAUCCCAGGCAGCAUUUUUGUUCCGAGGAAUUUGAGCGAGAUGUAUGAGUACAUGAACAAUGUGUCCCGGUCGAUCCCUCAGGCCGUGAGCGUGGCGAACCUGACUGUGAUCGAUCUGUCUGCGAAUAAUUUGACGGGGAACAUACCUGAAGAUUUCGGGAAGCUCAAGAAUCUAUCCAAGUUGAAUUUAGAGUUCAAUCAAUUUUCCGGCGGAAUCCCGGAAAGUAUCGGCCGCCUUCCCGCUUUGUCUGAUGUCAGACUGUCCAACAACAAUUUGUCGGGCACAAUACCCCCGGACUUCGGCAAAUUUUCCACACUCAGAAGAUUUGAAGUGGCCUUCAACAACUUGACCGGCGUGUUGCCGAAACAACUGUGCCAUGGCGGCACGCUGUUCGGGUUGGCAGCUAUGGACAACAAUCUCGGCGGGGAGUUGCCGGAGUCACUUGGAAAUUGCAGUAGUUUGGUCGACUUGAGAUUGAACAGCAAUGGAUUCACCGGCAUUGUGCCUGGAGGACUCUGGACAUUGCCAAACUUGACGACUUUGAUCUUGAGUGGUAAUGAAUUAACCGGCGAGCUUCCUGAGGAACUAUCCCCAAACCUCACUCGGAUCGAGAUAAGUAACAACAGAUUUUUCGGCAAGUUUCCUAGCACCGUGUCUUCGUGGAAGAAUUUGGUGGUGUUUGAUGCUAGUAAUAACUUCCUCAGCAGCACGGUUCUGAUUGAAUUGACCGAGCUUCCUUCUCUGAAGAUGCUUUUGCUGGGUCAGAAUGAGCUCUCCGGGGAUCUUCCCCCAGAUAUCGUUUCGUGGAAAUCCUUGAGCAUUCUGAAUCUUAGUCACAAUCGAUUGUCAGGACCGAUUCCAAGGGAAAUCGGUCUUCUACCGGCGCUCACACAGUUGGACCUGUCUGAAAACCAACUGUCUGGCUCGAUUCCUUCUGAAAUCGGCCUGCUGAAGCUGAACCUUCUCAAUUUAUCCUCCAACCGCCUCAGCGGACAAAUCCCGGAGGAGUUAGAGAAUGCCACAUAUGACGCCAGUUUCCUGAACAACCCCGGCCUCUGUGCAUCCAGCUCGUUCUUGAGGCUCAAUGUCUGCAAUGCCCAAUCCAGUAGAUUGAGCAAGACCAAUCUCGCCUUGAUCGUGAUCUUGGCCAUCGUUGGGGCAAUAUUCGUAUUGUUGGCAGCACUAUUCACAAUCAGAGCUUGUAGAAAGAAGAGGGACCUUGUCGAUUCAACUCUGGAACUGACUGCGUUCCAAAGGUUGAAUUUUACUGAAUCAAAUAUUCUGUCGGGAUUGGAGGAGCAUAAUGUGAUUGGAAGGGGUGGAUCAGGAAAAGUAUAUCGCAUUAUAUUGAAUCCUUCUGGUGAUGCCGUUGCUGUGAAAAGGAUUUCGAAUAACCAAAAAUUAGAUGAGAAGCUGGAGAAGCAAUUCGUAGCAGAAGUGGGGAUACUUGGGAACAUAAGGCAUCUGAACAUUAUCAAAUUGUUGUGCUGUAUUUCUUGUGAGAACUCGAAACUCAUAGUGUACGAAUACAUGGAAAAUAAAAGCUUGGACCGUUGGAUUCACAAGAUGAAGAGAUCGUUGCCCGUCUCGGGUGUCGUCAACAAUAUGAUCUUGGAUUGGCCCAAAAGGUUGAAGAUUGCGCUAGGAGCAGCUAAAGGACUUUGCUAUAUGCACCACUAUUGUUUGCGGCCCAUCAUCCACCGAGACGUGAAAUCAAGCAACAUUCUGUUAGACUCCGAGUUCAACGCAAAAAUUGCUGACUUCGGCCUUGCAAGGAUGUUGGCCAAGCAUGGAGAAGCUACUACUGUGACAGGCGUUGCCGGUUCUUUCGGCUAUCUUGCACCAGAGUAUAAUCAUACAAGAAGAGUUAAUGAGAAGAUCGAUGUUUAUAGCUUCGGGGUCGUUCUCUUGGAACUGACCAUCGGGAGGGAGGCUAGUGACGGGGACGAAGACAUGUGCCUCGCUGAUUGGGCGUGGCGUCACGUCCAAGAUGGCAAGCCGAUAUCUGAUGCGAUAGACGAGGACAUCAAACACGAUUCGGACCUAGAUGAAAUAAGCAAUGUCUUUAAGCUUGGGAUCCUUUGCACUGCGAAGCUGCCUUCCAUGAGGCCUACAAUGAAGGACGUAGUGGAAGUGCUGCUCAAACGUCGCAAUCCGCUUUACGACGUUGAAAAGGAAUUCCGACACAGGUUACGCCCUGCCCCCCUCCUCAGAAAUUUUAAGAACGAAGAAAUGCUGCGGAGCGAUUAUUAUGUUGCCAAGGGCAACACUUACUGACUCUUUGCACUAAAGACAGUUGCGGAAGCUUUGUGAAUGGAUUUAGACUUCCCAACUCCAGAGAAACUACUUCCUGAUUCUGCAAACGCAAGUAGAUGACUUUGUAAAUACAAACUGUCCAUCUUAGGUCUUGGAUGUUAUCAUGAAUGCAGUUAUUUGAAUAAGGUGUAAGGAAGGGUGAAGGUGUGAAUGAAGGGUCUAAGGUUGGGAAGCUUUUUGCGUUUUGUAACAAUGAUUUAGUUUUUUGAGGACUCCGAUGCUUAACUUGUCAGGUGGCAGCCAUUGGCGGCCUCGAGCAAGAUGUAAUUUUCGCUGCGUAGCUUUAACUGCCCCUGC